GUCAAUAACUUAACCUCUCUCUCUCUAACCUCCAACUCAAAAUCUUGAAAACCUUUCCAAUUCGCACACGAGUGAAUCGCGCGCAAUUGUCCGAGUCUUGGAGAGAAAUUUUAAUUUCAUUAAUUUAGGUGGCGAGCAGCAUGAAAGCACAACUACCAAAUCUGCCCAACUAUUUUAUGGAACAUGGGAGAUAAAGAGCAUCAUGUGCACUUUAGCGGUGGAAGCGGACUCGGGAAGGACAACAACAUAAUGAUACAGCCACAGCGACAUGGCCAUGUAGACGCUCAUCUGGGAUUCUUGCAACUGCAUCACAGAUAUCACGUAGAAUUCUCAGUACCAUGGAACACGUGUAUUCAUCCGGAAGGAGAAAAGGUAGCACCUGCUCUAAUUGUGGGAAAUUACAAUGCAAAUUGCCGCAUUAUUGAUCUUGCGCAAGAAAAGGAUGGCUUAAGGUUAAAGAUAGAGCUGUUGGCACAUCAAGAGAAAAUAUUAAAGGAGAAUGUCGAAGUGACGUGUUGUUCGUCGGGUAUGCCAUUGAAAGUUGUGUUGAAUGCACGUGUCUUGGCAAAGGAUAAGGGUACGCCACUGUUGCGGAAUGGUAUACGCAGCAUCGCCGUCGAGGGAGUGGACGAAGACGAAGUUUCGGAAUAAAUCUGCUCGAUACGAUCUGCUCGAGAGCGAGCCAUCUCUCGACGAUAAACGUCACUCGAGCCGCGAGUGAGACGAUGCCCAGUUAACCAAGAGUCGAAGACGGAUCGGAUGUACGUUCCACGAUGACGGUAAACGGUAAAUGACCCGCUCUGUAAGAUUAUCCCAUCUUGGAGAUGAUCUGCCUACUGUUAGACGAUGCCUACGGAAGCUAUUGCUACUUGCUCGUUGGCUAAUCGCGCGGAUACCAGGCGAACGAGCAAAGUGUAGGAUAUUUUGUUAUAAAUUUACGUAAAUUUUCAACAAAGCUUUCGCUAGGUCAAUUACAAAGGCGCUAAGACACUUUUUAUCGUUGGUGAAAAUGAAGAUUAGUCACUCGAAUAAAGGAAGACAC